GCUCGAGUUAAAGGAGGCGCCAUAAGUGUGCGCCACUGUUUUUUCUGGCUAAGGAAAGUUACUGAAGACUUGCUCCACUUGAAUCAGAUGGAAAACUCUUGAACAAAUGCGAUUGAAAGACUGGGGACAUAUCUGCACAUAGCAAGGAAUCGUUUGUCAUGAAUUGGACUUUGUAGGAUGUCAUCUUAGGACCUAACCAACUUGAUUCUAUUCAAUUGGAUGAGUUUAUUAGGCAGCGCUGCCGUCUGACUUGGGAAAAACAAACUGAAGACUCAAGUUAUUUUAUUUUUUUUUUAGUUUUCAUUGUUUUUACCACAGCAGGAAAGCACGGAGUAUUUGUCACUACAUAUUCUCUUUGCUUAUGUUAUUGUUAACCUUCUGCAUUGUAGAUAUGGCAGAGGGGGGAGAACUUGUUGACAGAGUCCACAGAGAGAUCUUGGAUGAAGACGCUGUGGACAAACUGUCCGGGACGCCAAAAAUGUCUCUGUGUAACAAGGUCAAAAAUUCCCUCAGGUCAAAUCUUCGUCACAGGUGUUCCAGUCAGAGUCUCAAGACCUCCCUGCUGGCUAGCGUCCCUGUUCUGUCGUGGUUGCCUCGUUAUUCCGUCAAAGAAAAUGCCCUGGGUGACCUCAUCUCUGGGCUCAGUGUGGGCAUCAUGCAGCUGCCCCAAGGUAUGGCCUAUGCCUUGUUAGCGAGCGUCCCUCCAGUUUUUGGCCUUUACUCCUCAUUCUACCCGGUCCUCAUCUACUUCAUCUUCGGCACAUCCAAGCAUAUCUCAAUAGGAACAUUUGCAGUGAUUAGUGUGAUGCUCGGUGGGGUUACGGAGCGAUUAGCCCCAGACUCAAACUUCAUGACAUGGGACAAUGUGACCAACAUGAGUGCAUUGGACAUCCCUGCUCGCGAUGCGGAACGGAUCAGAGUGGCUACUGCCGUUACUCUCUUAACAGGCUUAUUUCAGAUCCUGCUCGGCGUGGUCCGUUUUGGGUUUGUGGUGACCUACCUCUCGGAGCCGCUGGUCCGAGGUUACACCACUGGUGCCGCAAUCCAUGUUAUCGUGUCCCAGCUCAAAUACACCUUUGGAAUCAACCCCUUGAGAUACAGCGGACCGCUCUCUUUGUUAUAUACAGUGCUGGAGAUAUUUUAUCUCGUUCCACAGACCAACAUCGGGACUCUGGUGGUCAGCAUUGUCUCCAUUAUUGCCCUCGUCCUUGCAAAGGAGCUCAAUUUGUACUUGAGUAAAAAAAUUCCCAUCCCAAUACCUGUGGAGUUGAUUGGUAUCACCGUAGCUACGUUGGUAUCCUGGCAAAUGAACUUACCGGAGAACUAUGGAGUGGAUGUGGUUGGAGAAAUUCCAUCAGGUCUCCAGCCGCCUGUUUUCCCGAGAGCUUCGCUCUUCACUCAGGUGAUUGGGGACGCCUUCGCCCUGUCCGUGGUGGGAUACGGCAUCGCCAUUUCACUGGGAAGGAUCUUUGCACUGAAAUAUGGAUAUAAAGUGGACAGUAACCAGGAACUGAUAGCCUUGGGUCUCAGUAACUCCAUUGGGGCAAUGUUCCAAUGUAUUGCUGUCAGCUGCUCCAUGUCGCGCUCUAUGGUUCAGGAAAGCACAGGAGGGAAGACCCAGGUUGCUGGGGCCCUAUCAGCCAUUGUUAUUCUUUUCAUCACCCUUUGGAUUGGAGCUCUUUUUGAAAACCUACCCAAGGCAAUGUUGGCUGCCAUCAUCUAUGUGAACCUACAUGGUAUGAUGAAGCAAUUCCUGGACAUACCUGCACUGUGGAGGAGAAACAGAACAGACAUGAGAUCUGGCUCGCCACUUUCCUCCUUACCCCUGCUGUUGAACCCUGACCUGGACUCGCUGCCUCAAUUGCUUCGCAAUGCUUACUGUCAUCUUCAGGACACAGCUACCUACGUACUCAAAUUGGGGCAAGCGCCAAACACAGAAACCUACUGGCCAGUGGAGGACUACACUCAUGUGAGAGAAGUGCCGGGUAUUUUGAUCUUCAAAUCUUCUGCCACGCUCUACUUUGCCAAUGCUGAAAUGUAUCAAGAUGCACUGAGCAAGAAGUUUGGCUAUGACAUUACCAAAAUCCUGUCAGCGAAGAAGAAACUUGAAGCCAAAAUGAAGAAGUAUGAGAUCAAAAAAGCCAAAAAUGCUGCAAAAAACAAUGUGGCAGACAUGGAACGAGCGCUGGAGGAGCAUGAGAAGGAUAUCGCCACCAUUCAGUUAGAGAGUGAGCCUGACCCUUCAAUGCCCAGAGCCAUCAUCCUCGACCUCAGCCCUGUCAGCUUCUUAGACACUGUGGGAGUCAAGAUCUUGAGUGGUAUUGUCAAAGAUUAUGGGGAAGUCGGUGUGGAGGUGCUGCUUGCAUCUUGUCAAUCUGGCGUUGUGAAUAAUCUGCAAAUGGGCGGUUUCUUCAAUGACAAAGUGAAGUCUCCUAUCUUCGGCACUGUCCAUGAGGCUGUGCUUCACUGUCAGUCUGAGCAAGCAGACUCAGAGGUGAUCACAGCAACACAUUUCUGAAUGCUGUGCGUAAUUUUAUGAAGAUGGACAACUAGAAGAGGAUAUACGUACUGGACUCUUUUGCAUAUGUGCAGCCAGAUCAAUUUAAUGAAUGGCAACCCAUGAAAAGCAACAGAAUUGAAAUGAAAAAAAAGUAUGUACUAACCCUCCAAGUUUUGAAUAUAAAUUGGAAGAAUCGUGGAUAAACCGACUCGUGAUGGGGCUUAGUCUAUCUGGUGUAUGCAUCAAAUCAUAGGUUUAUGAUUCUUGUCAUGAAACAGCAGCUUUUCGUUCUACAGCAUUUUCAAGUACUGUUCGAAAGUGUUGAUUUUAAAAUAAAUGCACAUCUGAAAAUGUGAAUAGAUGGCAGGCAAAAUGUCAAAAUUAUUUUUGGCAGGAAAUGAGCUUCACACCCGAGUAUGAAAACAAAAGUGGAAGGAUAAGAAAUGAAUACCAUAUUACAUUCUACAAAAAUGAACAGAACAUACUGAAACCUUCUGGAGAAUUUUGUCGUGAUGCCAGUGAUGGUAAAACUAGGUGUAUUGUGUAUUCUACACCAUUACCUUUAUAAUUAAUUUUAUUCUGUGUACUUUUUUGAUGUGCUACUCCCGUCAUAUUUUUCAACCAACCAAUUCUCACCAUUCUAACUUAGUCCAGCUGAUAAAAAGGACUCAGCUGAGAGCCUCUGAGGAAGGCAACUGAGUACACCAAAACUAGUAAGGUAAAUGCAAAACAUUUCCUCAUUGUCUUUACAUCCACGUGGUGGAAAAGCAAUUGUUUUGGUCCUAACGACCAUUCGUUCGUUUAGGUUUUCCCUUGUGUUUUCCUUUGAGCCAUUUGGUCCGUUAAUGAUAUCUAUUGGCCACCUUUGGUCAUGACAUGUUUGGGAGUGUAUUUCCGGUUCUCUUCCCGUUUGGAACGAGAGCUCAGUGUUCAAGAGCUUCAUAGUUGUGAUUCCUCACGAGGGCAAUGCUGGUGAGUAGACUAAUAAUACAAUGUGAUUGCCGAUGAGUAUUUUGUUGAAGAUAGUUAGGGAUGUAUUAUUGGGACAAGGAAAUGUGCAUACUGCUAGUACUAGUGUAGUCAAUCUGUUCUGUUUCGUGUGUACAAAACAUUAUAUGGAAAUCGUUUGAAAGACAAUAUAAGCAAAAGCAUAUUUGUAUUUUUUAGUUUUACAGCUUUCUGUUUUGCACAUCUGUGUGAAAUAAAGGAGAGGAAAUAUUAAA